AUGAUGGAGGUUCGGUCCAAGACAGCCGUGAACACGCGCGCCAGCUUGGCUUCCCGGCUGCCCAAGAUGCGUGAGGAGGUGCCAACGACGAGCACCUCGCUCCAUCGAAAAAUCGAAACAACCUACGACGCGGCGUACGUUGCGCGUCCGGCAAGUUGUCUUACCAAUACCCUUAGUGCUCACGCCACCACGGAAUGCGCUGUGGCAGCGGACGGUGCUGCUCUCGCAAGCGGGGAGCAAACCUACAUCCUGCACCACCAUCCCACCUCCGCUUGGGAGUCCACGUCCCACGCGGCGGCGCGCAACCUGCAGGCGGAGCGCCCGCUAGGCUUUUACGCAUCGGCUCGUAAAAUCGAACGGGAGGAUGACGACCGGCGCGGCGGUCUGGUGGGUCGCAUGCAACGCUCGCUCGACAUCCGUACCAAGCGCGCGGAGGAUGCUAGACUGCGCCCACCCACUCCCACCUACCACCCGAUUGAGCCGCGAUCGAUGCCAGCCGCGAUGGCACAGGAGAAAUUUGGUGUGAAGAGCAACUACUUGGACAUUGUAGAGUGCACCCAGCUGAAGCCACAAACGGAGGAGCAGAUCGCCUACGAUACCGCCCCUCUGACGAGGCUUCCUGCCGAGACACUCUCACAGGAGCUGAAGGUGCAGAGUAAGGUCAUCACACAAAUGGGCACCUCAAACGAGUUGUUCCGCGGCACUCCCAAGUACCUGGCGGACACGUCGGUCACCUACAUGGGGCACGUCCCAGUCGCACAGCACAACGUGUCGUGCAUCCAUCACGGCGCCGACACACGCCGGUUGUUCGCCAAGUCUACCAUGACCAUGUCGGAGCACGGCGGAGGCGUCGACAUUGCCGUCAUCGGCUCUAGCUUGGUCACUCGCCACCGUGGCGGUAAAAAUGCCAGGGCUCCUCGCGCACUUGAACCGAAGACAACCGACGCCAUCAAUCAGACGGUGGAGGGGCGCAUGUUGCAGCAGACACUCUACGGAACGCUCGAGCGCGAGCGGCGCAUGAACAUCCGCGACGACCGGCAAAGCCAUCGCUACUUCUAG